AUGGCAGAGACGGAGACUGUAAGCAAAAAUGUUAUCAAGAUCAACAAGACGUAUGUUGACAUAUUCCAAAAUUCAAUAUGAGGAAUAGGCAGAAGGUGGCGACGUUACUAACUCGAAACUACAGACACUCGGCCCCUCGAAACAGUAGGAAACUAGGAAUUGCGUUGGCAGCAUGGAAAAAGCUCAAGGCAUCAACAAACACACCAUCGCUGGAAGAAGUGGCAGUGGCUGCUGCCGUGGACGAUGAAGAACGCGAUAUGCCAAAGAAUGUGCGUCCAGAGUCGAUAAUCGAAGAAGGACCCGAUGGUGAAAUCUUUGUCUUCCACAAGUGCCCACCGGUACUUGAGAUCUGGGACGCGCAAGCUGCGGACCACGAUUCCGCAAGCGAUACCAUUUACUUGCAAGCACAGAUUGUCCUUGGAAACGACUUUCAGCUCAGGUGCUUCAAAAUCGUGGAGAAGUGCCAAGGGGUGUACACAAUGGUUGCCGUCGUCUCGGUUAAGACCUUUGAUUAUAUCGAGACAUAUGCACUAGAACCCGGCUCUAUAACUUUGCACAGUUCCAUUGCACUAGGCUUUGUUUCCCAAAGCUACGAGUUGCGAGCAAAUAAAUCAUUUGCUUGCGUUGGGGCCAAUGACGGAUACAUACACGUUUUCCAAAUCGACUCGUUGCAGUUGCAUUUGAAACUCGGGAAUGGCGACUCGAGCAUGUCUGGUUUACAGAAAAACCAUAGACUGGCUCUUUGCGAUCAAAAGAUUGCCAACUUGAAGGAAGACCACGUGGUUAUCCAGACAAGCACCUGUGGUGAUUGUCCCAUUUUUGACCUAGUCGAUGGCUGGCUUGUCUACUCACCAGUGCAAGCAGAGUACAAGUACUUGAAGGCUGCGAAAAGGAAUGAAAAGCCACGAGACUCGCUGGCGAGUUUAAAGGCUGACUUGGAUCCAAUCACUACCAACUACAACCUGCUGCAAUUGCCGAGACAAAGAUUGUCGAUCUUUACUCCAAUGAAGUUGCCCGUCUCAGCGCCGCUUUACAAUAAGGUCAUUGGCUCGCUUUCAAAAUCGGCAUUGGAUGGCUUGUUUACGUUGUCGAAAUUCUCGUCGCUGAAGUACAGGGAAUACAUGAAUAAUGAACUAGAGUUGAACAAGAUUAGCAAAUCGGUUGGUACAGCCUUGUAUACAAACAUUCAAAAAAGUUCUGAGAUGUUGAAGCCAAACAAUAAUCAGAUUGUGACUGUUUUAGACUUGCGAAACGACAAAAACUUGGCAACAUUUAAACCCCCUGGCGGGGUUUCGGCUGUAUCGUUGUCACCGUAUGACAUGCAAUUGGUCACGACCAAUGUCAGGGGCGACAGCCUAUACAUGUGGGAUUUAUUUCGACUACCUAAAGAUAUUCUGCUUAUUGGCAAGUUUGCAAGAGGGCAAACUGCCGCGGUUAUAAAAGACAUUUUCUGGUUCAACAAGGAUGAUGGUCAAAAACAGCGAGGAUCAAACUUUGGAUUCGGCUGCAUCUCCAAGGCCUCGGGUUCAGUCCACUGGUACAGCACAGAUUUUUUAAGCGAUGGGGAUUCUGGGACCAAGGGUCCUUUAUCUGGUAAGUCAUCCCGCUCCAGGAGAAAGCUGCACGACCGGCCACCUACCAACUGGACUUUGUCCUCUUUCGGAGCAGAGAAGUUUGUGAAUAUCUUUGGGAACCAGUUGGGGGUUGUAAAUGGGGAAGGGACCUUGAAGUUGAUUGACGCUUCAAAUGGAGAAAACUUUCACGAGUUCCGACUUCCAGCAAGAGCAGCCAAGGAGUUUCAAAAUCCAGAGAGUUUUACCAACACCACAGCAACUGAAGGAAAAGAGCUGCUCAAUCCCAUUUCCCAAGCUGAGAUUGAGACUUGCCCCCCUUUCUUGAACCUCAUCAACAGGAAUAACGUGGAAUUUGCUACCUACACUUACAACAAAGAGGAAUUGAAUGAGUUUGGAAGCGUGAUACCUUCCGUUCCGAUAAGCGUCAAAUCUGCUAGAAAGGAAACAUGUGCCAGCUUGCCUAAACUCAACCACGGAUCCGAGCCUUCUUCGGAGGAUGAAAAUUGGCCAAGACUAGGUCAGUUGAUGAUUGACCAGGAUGAUGAUGAGACUAUGAGCGAUUGA